GAUCGACACACAGGAAGGCUCCAGCCUUCUCUCCUCUCCGCCUGGCCGGGGAAACUGCGGGUCAGAGCCGCUCCCGGGCUGGCGGCCCCCCGGUCCGGGGCACCCGCACCCCACGGCAGAGGAGGUCAGGCCCCGCCCCGCAGCGCCUCGCCUCGCCCCGCCCGUCCGCGGCCGGCCGCUGCUCUCGGGGACCCGCGGGGAAGCGAGGUCGGCGCGCAGCUCCCGCUGCGGGUUGUCGGGCGCUGUCCACCCAGGCGGAGCCGGCCCGGCCCGGGCUGCAGCCAUGAUCAGGCACUUUCUGGAGGAGACAGAUGAUAAAGAACUGAACAAGUUCGUGAAGGAUUUCCCAGGAAGCGACACCUGUCAACGAGAGUCCAGGCCCCGAGUGGCCAGGCCCCGUCAGGAGCCAAAGCCCCAGGCUCCAGAUUUCUGCGAGGAUGACCUGGAGCUCAGAGCCUCCUCGUGGUCCCAACCCUGUGACAGCCAGCAGUACAUCUCUGCCCCAGCCCCUCUCAGCCCCUCUGCCCGGCCCCGCAGUCCGUGGGGCAGGCUUGAUCCUUAUGAUUCCUCUGAGGAUGACAAGGAGUAUGUGGGCUUUGCGACCCUACCCAACCAAGUCCACCGGAAAUCUGUGAAAAAAGGCUUUGACUUUACGCUCAUGGUGGCAGGAGAGUCUGGCCUGGGGAAAUCCACCCUUGUCAACAGCCUCUUCCUCACGGAUCUGUAUCGGGACCGGAAGUUGCUCAGUGCUGAAGAACGCAUCAUGCAAACUGUGGAGAUCACUAAACACGCGGUGGACAUAGAAGAAAAGGGCGUGAGACUGCGGCUCACCAUUGUGGACACACCAGGCUUUGGGGAUGCAGUCAACAACACAGAGUGCUGGAAGCCUGUGGCAGAAUACAUCGACCAGCAGUUUGAGCAGUAUUUCCGAGAUGAGAGUGGCCUGAACCGCAAAAAUAUUCAAGACAACAGGGUGCACUGCUGCCUCUACUUCAUUUCGCCCUUCGGUCAUGGGCUCCGGCCACUGGAUGUGGAAUUCAUGAAGGCUCUGCACCAUCGAGUCAAUAUCGUACCUAUCCUGGCAAAGGCAGACACACUGACACCUCCUGAGGUGGAGCGCAAGAAAUGCAAAAUCCGGCAAGAGAUAGCACACUUUGGGAUCAAGAUCUACCAGUUCCCAGAUUGUGAUUCUGAUGAAGAUGAGGACUUCAAAUUACAGGACCAAGCCCUAAAGGAAAGCAUCCCGUUUGCUGUAAUUGGCAGCAACACUGUGGUAGAGGCUAGAGGGCGACGUGUUCGGGGGCGUCUCUACCCUUGGGGCAUUGUGGAAGUGGAAAACCCAGGGCACUGCGACUUCGUGAAGCUGAGGACAAUGCUGGUGCGUACUCAUAUGCAGGACCUGAAGGACGUGACUCGGGAGACGCAUUAUGAGAACUACCGGGCACAGUGUAUCCAGAGCAUGACACGCCUGGUGGUGAAGGAGCGGAACCGCAAGUAUGGCCAGGAGCCAGGACAGCUGGCAGGGGGGCGCCCAAGUGAAGCCUUGGGUGAGACCAAGCCCUUCUUUGUUCUUCUACAGGCUCUAGGCUCAAUCCAAGCAGGUGCUGGGGUCCCCCUAGCCUUACCAACUCCCCCUCUCCCCUUCCCCUCAGCAAACUGACUCGAGAGAGUGGUACCGACUUCCCAAUCCCUGCUGUCCCACCAGGGACAGAUCCAGAAACUGAAA